UAAUGCAGCUGUCAAACUUAUGCCAAUUACUAUCGUUGAAUCGUAUGUUGUCGAUUGGUACUUGCUACGAUGCUUACAUUCGACAAUAUAUUUACAUGGCAUAUUAUGAAAACGUGACCAAUUUUUUCGUAAUAUAAACCUUCAAAUGGAGAAUUUGGAAGCUGUAAUCUGCACCAAAGAAUAGUGAAAACAGUAUAAUAAACAUUUGUAUUAAAAAUGUCGAAGAAUGGCGAAGUGUCAUCAAACCAAGGCCCAAGUAGACCUACUAUGCCGAAGCCUGAGUUGAACUUGUUUGGCUUGGAGAAACGUAAAGGAUUAAACCUGCAAAUAGCCGGAGGUCCAUCAGGUGACGGCGCAGCUUUUAUGCCGUUUCCUGCAAACCCUCCUCCAGUUCAGAGACCGCGAGUCCCCUCACGCACCAUAAGAGAUGUUCUGCCUGAAAACACAAGAGACAGAUGUAGGAUUUACCCAUCUAUGCAAUCUUCAGGAAAAUUGCAGUUAUCUGCAACAGAAGUAUAUGACUUCACCUCUGAUGACUUGCAGGAUCUUGGUGAAAUAGGAAGAGGAGCAUUUGGAGCUGUGAACAAAAUGGUUCAUAGAAAAACAAACCGUGUAAUGGCUGUGAAGCGUAUCCGCUCCACUGUUGAUGAGAAGGAACAGAAGCAACUCUUGAUGGAUCUUGAAGUGGUGAUGAAAAGCAAUGACUGUGUUUACAUUGUGCAGUUCUAUGGAGCACUAUUUAAAGAGGGUGAUUGUUGGAUCUGUAUGGAAUUAAUGGAUACUUCACUAGACAAAUUUUAUAAGUUUAUAUGUGAAAGGAUGCAGACUCGAAUACCUGAAACAAUUUUAGCUAAAAUAACUCUUGCAACAGUUAAAGCUUUAAAUUAUCUAAAAGAGAAAUUAAAAAUAAUUCACAGGGAUGUGAAACCAUCAAAUAUUUUAUUGGACCGAAGAGGAAACAUAAAAUUAUGUGAUUUUGGUAUAUCUGGGAAGCUAGUGGACUCAAUAGCCCGCACUCGCGAUGCUGGCUGCAGACCUUACAUGGCUCCGGAGCGUAUAGAUCCGGGACGAGCUCGAGGUUACGACGUGCGGUCAGACGUGUGGUCGCUCGGCAUCACGCUCAUGGAGGUAGCCACGGGUGCCUUCCCGUACCCGCGCUGGGGUUCAGUGUUCGAGCAGCUACAGCAGGUCGUACAGGGUGACCCGCCACGACUUACUAAUACCAACAAUGCUUUCUCCAAUAACUUUGUUAACUUCGUGAAUACUUGCCUCAUAAAAGAAGAAAAUCAAAGACCUAAAUACAAUAGGUUAUUGGAACACCCCUUUAUUAAAGGUAUUGAUCAGAGCAGGGCUGAUGUUGCUGCUCAUGUUUGUGAAAUAUUAGAAGCCAUGGAGCGCAAUGGUGUCAGCCCAUUUACAACAGAUCAACCCGCACAGGCAUGGGUUGAUUAAGUAUCCAAAAUCAAUGUGUGGGAUACUUGCUUAAUAUUAAAUCUAUAAUAACACCAAUACACACUUGCAAUAUUUUACCAUAAAUUUUAUGAAUUCUGCUCAAGGAAUAUCUAAAAUUGAUUGUGAGGUAGAUACUAUAUUGAUGAAGUAUUGAAGAGUGGAUAACUGGAUAACUAUAUAUUGUAUGGAAAUAUCACUAUUCAAAAUAAGUAGUGUUUUCUGACAACAUCUGUAUAAUUAGCAAAAUAUGUUUUGAAAAAUCCACCCAUUGCUGGGUGGAUACAAUUUUCUCGCAAGUCCCUCAUCUACUUAAGAUUGUAUUCUCACAAUAUAGUAUGUUUCUAACAAUAUGCUUAAUUUUGUAAAGUAUUAGUCACUUUCAGGUUAUGACCAAGAUGUUUUCAAUGUGAUAUGAGUUGAAUAAUCCUGAUACAUGUCCCUGCUUUUACGAAACUCUGAUUGAAUAAUCGAGGCUGAAUGUGACUAAUGUAAUAGGCACCAAAACAGUUACUAUGUAGUACAUUAGGGCAACUAGGAAAAUUGUUAAUUGCCAGUGAUUUGUCAUUGUCAUAAAUAAAAUGUGAUUGUGGUUUUUAUUAGAAUUGUAAUUUAACUAUGGCAUAACUUUAACACUUUGAAAAAUUUUAAUACUUAACAUUAUUUUGCACUGCCAUUAAUGCAGGCUCUGAUAUAUUUGGAAUGUGUCUAAAAGGGGUUUCUAUUCAAACAAAAAUAAUUACAACAAGAACCGCUGGAAGCGCGUCGGAGCGCAUUUGAAGAUAAUAAUUUAGUAUAAACCUUAACUACCUUGACAUACGGUCUACAAGAGCAUGCGCGCGUAUGCUCUUCGAUGCUCUCGCGCGCGCCCUAGCUGCUCAUGGGAAUUUAUUCUUUUGUAGACCGUAUGUCAAGGCUUCCCGCGGUGUGCGCUGGGCCAUAGAAGCAUCUCCUUGAUAUGUUCUCGAGCAUCGAUGCCUUUUGCUGUUACAGACAUACUAUACGAGUCUAUUUCUCUUUCAAAUCCCUUUGAUUAUUGUUCCACAUCAAAGAUUCUUGCGGUUUUACAUUUAUGAUUGAAUGGUUUACAUAUUAAAUUUUCUUCAACCUACCAGUUACUCAAUUUGAAAUAAAAUCGGUUAAAUAUGAAGCUCAUGUUUUAAAAAUAUUAUGUAAAAGACGUGAACCACAUUUUGCAUUUGCAUACUUGAUUCAGAAACUAGAGGAUACUUUCACCUAAGUGCAAGGAUGCAUCACAUAAGACGUCCAAUUAGUUUUUCGAUAAUUUUGUUACUGCAAAUGGAUUUAUAUUUAUACAUAGGUACCUACACAAGAUCCAAAUUUGCAUCAAGCACUAGUGUUAAGUCGAAUUGGAUUUUUUAAUUACAAUAAAUUGGUGGUGACAAUAAUUCCUGAAAUUAUGUUACAUAUUAUUAUAAUUAUUUUAGAUGAAUAACGCAGCCGCCGAUAAUAGUUAGAUGAUAAAGCUUCCUCUCCACUCAUGUUUCUAAUUGUGGUUUACCUAAACUAUUCAAAAUACAAAAGAUAGGUAACAUGA